GGACUUUAACGGUCUCCGCAGUCAGUCGACGACCUCAGCAGGCUGAAGUUGAUGUGACAGGACAGGCUACAGAUGUGGUCAUGGCCGAGUGGGACGAGCAAAAGGAAGCUGGCACUUUGAAGAACGACAUCCAGAACAUCAUAGACGCCCUCAACACACACCACAGGAACGUCAACAUUUCCAGAGUCACCGGAAGUUCUGUUGCCAUAGCCACUGGGUUGCCUGCAGCAGCCUGCGCCAUUGCCGCGCCCUUCACCUUAGGGGUGACCUUGAUACCAGCCAUUGUCCUGGGCAUCAUCGCCGCCGUUGGUGGAGGUGUGUCUGUCGGCGCAACAGUCGCAGGAUAUUUCAUCAAAAGACAAAAAGUUAAAGAAGUACAAGAAAAAUGGGAUAUUUUUCGCCAAACUUUUAUCGCAAACCACGAAGACAUCGCAGAGGUGCGGGACCUCCUGCUGAGUCUGAGCCAGAAUGUUAUUGCAAACCACGAAGACAUCGCAGAGGUGCGGGACCUCCUUCUGAAACUAAACCCAAGAACAAGCGGCGCCGCCAUCACACCCAAGGACGCUUUGAAAGGUGCUGCCGAGUUCGUACGAACUUCCGGUGGCAUCUCAAGUGCAGUUGUUCGUGGAACUCUGAGGUCGACAGCAGCAGGAGUGCGAAUCACAGCCCCGCUGCUGGCUGCUGCCAGUGUCGUCGCCCUGCCGCUGGACAUCGUUGACCUGGUGACGGCCAGCCUCGCGCUUCACAGAGGCGAGCAAUCGACUGCCACGGAGUCUCUGACGCAUAUAGUUACCUUUCUUGACAGAAUCGCCAACAACUACAAUAACAAUGACAAUAACAGUAACGAUGGCAGCGACGAAGACAACGGCAAUGACGAAAGCGAUGACCAAGACAAUGAUAAUGACAAUUACAACGACAUUGAACUUCUACUUGACUAUGAUAAUGAUGAUGACCCUUUUGGUCAGUUUCUCCUUCAGUUCAGCUGUAACCCAGUGGCCAAGUCCUCAACAUCAGAAACAAAGCAAGAAGAAGAAGCACUUGAACUCACAGCGAACUCUAGAGUGUAAACGCAAACACACUAAGCUUUAC